AUGAAAGCCCAAACAUAUAUUAAUCAAAAGUAUCAAACAAAAGAACAAAAAAAGGACAUUGCGGAGUUGGAUUUACGCAAUCUUAAUUUAGAAGGCGAUUUAGAUUUUGUCGAUUUUGACAAUCUAGAAGAAGUAGACAUUAGUGGUAAUCCUAAAUUAGGCAAGUUAAUGGUAAAUGGCGAAGUAAAAGAAAUUAGACUAGAAAAAGGAAUAAAGUUUAAUGGAGAAUUGGUUAUUAAUGAUUUUCCGCAACUAGAAGAAAUAAUAGUAGAUAAUCUGAUUACUCAGGAUUUAAGUGAACUUCAAGUAAUUAAUUGCCCUAACUUAAGGAAAAUUUAUUGUCUUAGCGCCCAGUUUACAAGUCUUAAAUUAAGUAAUCUAAGGAAACUGACUGAAAUAAAAUUUGGCAAUAAUAAUUUUAAACUUAUGAAAUUAGACAUCGAGACUUGUCCAAAUUUAAAGGAAGUUAAACUUCCUGGUUCGCAAUUUUCCAGCCUAGACCUAAGCGGUGCUCCUAAUUUGGAAGUUAUUGAUCUUUGUUUUGGUAAACUUACUUCACUAAACAAUAAGAAAAAUGAGUUAAAGCGGCUAAAGGCGGCUACGAAAGAGAAGUUGGAAGCCAACCAAAAAUCAUUUCUCAAUACUCUUCUAACUUCCCAAGAACAGAUUGUUCGACUAGAGGAAAGUAACAUCACGCAAUUAAUUGAUGCCGAAGAAAUGAAAUUAAAUGAGGCUAAAGAAAAAUUAAAAGAGAGGAUUAUACAAGAAGAAAUAAGCAGUCUUUGCCAAAAAAAAUUAGAAUUAACUAAAUUGGAAAUGAAAUUAGAGCAAUUACAGAAACAAGAAUUCGAAGCCAGCCAAGAAGUUCCACAAUCAAAUCAGUAA